UCCGUUAUCUCUGUCACGCUGCAAAGUGCACAUGCAGCGAUGGGACGGACCAGGCGGAGAGACGCCUGAUUCGCUGGCGUUGUGGAACAAAAGCUGUCACCCGGUGCAUUCCUGCCCUCUGUCCUGUCCCGGGCAGCCCGCUGACCCGCUCCAUCCCUCGCGCCUGCAGCACUCGGCGCUCGAUUGGUUCCGUCUGCGGAGAGCCAUGGCAGACCAGGAGGAUCGUGUUUCAGUGCCGGAGUUCAGCCGCCUGCUCAGAAUGGACCCGCACCUACAGAAGUACGCCAAGGACUUCACCAGGAGGUAUGAGCUGUUCCAGAAGACGCUGCUCCAGCUGGAGGAGGCAGAGGGAGGCUUUGACCAGUUCACACGCAGCUACUGGAGUUUCGGCGUGCAGCGGCGGCCGGACAACAGCCUCUUCUUUAAAGAGUGGGCUCCGGCGGCCGAGGCUCUCUUCCUCACUGGCGACUUCAAUGGCUGGGACAAAUUCUCACACCCGUACACCAAGAAAGAAUUCGGCAAGUGGGAGCUGAUUCUUCCGGCGAAGCAUGACAAGUCUCCAGCUGUGGAUCAUAACACCAAACUCAAGGUCGUGGUUCACACGAAGGCCGGCGAGCGACUGUACCGGAUCUCCCCGUGGGCCAAAUAUGUCACCAGGGAGGAAAAAGCUGCCAUCUAUGACUGGGUUCACUGGGACCCACCUCAGCCGUACAUGCACGUCCACCCUCGGCCGAGGAAGCCCACUAACCUGAGAAUAUACGAGGCUCACGUGGGCAUCGCUUCACCUGAAGGCAAGAUCGCCUCAUACAGCAACUUCACUAACAACGUGCUGCCUCGUAUCAAAGAGCUCGGCUACAACUGCAUCCAACUGAUGGCUGUCAUGGAACACGCCUACUAUGCUAGCUUUGGGUACCAGAUCACAAGUUUCUUCGCAGCCUCCAGUCGCUACGGAACCCCGGACGAGCUGAAGCAGCUGAUCGACGUGGCUCACUCGCUGGGCAUCAUGGUACUGCUGGACGUCGUCCACAGUCACGCGUCCAACAACACAGUCGACGGCCUGAACCAGUUCGACGGCUCCGACUCGUGCUUCUUCCACUCGCCUCCACGAGGACAGCACAGCCUGUGGGACAGCCGGCUCUUCAACUACUCCAGCUGGGAGGUGCUGCGGUUCCUCCUGUCAAACCUCCGCUGGUGGAUGGAGGAGUAUCGCUUUGACGGCUUCAGAUUUGACGGCGUUACUUCCAUGCUGUACCAUCACCAUGGUAUCGGCGUGGGCUUCUCUGGCGACUACAGCGAGUACUUCGGCCUCCAGGUGGACGAAGACUCUCUGGUGUACCUGAUGCUGGCCAACCACAUCCUUCACACCCUCUACCCCGACUGCGUCACCAUCGCUGAGGACGUGUCUGGCAUGCCGGCGAUGUGUCGCGCGGUGGAGGAGGGAGGACUGGGUUUUGAUUACCGGCUGGCCAUGGCCAUCCCUGACAAGUGGAUUCAGAUCCUGAAGGAGUUAAAGGAUGAAGACUGGAACAUGGGCAACAUCGUGCACACGCUGGUCAACAGGCGCUACGGGGAGAAAAGCAUCGCCUACGCUGAGAGCCACGACCAGGCGCUGGUCGGGGAUAAGACUCUGGCCUUCUGGCUGAUGGACAAGGAGAUGUACACCAACAUGAGCAGCCUCAUUCCCAUGACUCCGGUCAUCGAUCGCGGCAUGCAGCUGCACAAGAUGAUUCGGCUGAUCACUCACGGACUCGGCGGGGAAGGCUACCUCAACUUCAUCGGGAAUGAGUUCGGUCAUCCAGAGUGGUUGGAUUUCCCACGUGAAGGCAACAACCAGAGUUACCACUACGCCCGGCGCCAGUUCAACCUGCUCGACGUGGAUCACCUGCGCUACCAGCAGCUCUACCUCUUCGACCGGGACAUGAACCGCACUGAGGACAAGUACGGCUGGCUGGCCGCUCCGCCUGCGUACGUCAGUGCCAAGCAUGAGGACGAUAAAGUCAUCGUGUUCGACAGAGCCAACGUACUCUUCAUCUUCAACUUCCACCCCAGCAAGAGUUUCCAGGGCUACAGGGUCGGCGUGGACGCUCCGGGAAAAUACAAGAUCAAGCUGGACUCGGACGCUGCUCAGUACGGCGGUCACGGCCGUUUGGACCACAACACCGAGUUCUUCACUGAGCCCCAGCCCUUCAACGGCCGCUCCAACUCCAUGCAGGUCUACAUCCCCUGCAGGACGGCCAUUGUUCUGGCCAACGAGGAGCUGGAUUACUGUUAUUAGAGGGCCGCCGUCUCCACGGCGACCGGGACUGGAUUCACCCCGUCACCGGUGAUAAUGACCCCCUGAUCCCCGCACGUCUACAGACCCUCCUCUCGCUCUGGUUGGUGUGUGAUGGUGUCGGCGGGGUCACGUGACUGAUGUGGGCGAGACAAUACAAGCCAGUCAUAGUUUUUCCAAAACACUCGAGUCCCGCGAGGUGAUCAAACACAAGUGUCACAUUCACCACGGUUCAACAUUCUGGUUGCACAUUUCCACCGCUGUAAUUAACAAGCAAAUAAAAUCACAAAACAUCAGGAUUAAAAUCGAAACCUUAUCAAAAUAUAUUCAUCCUUUCUAUGUCAACAAAAUCUGUAUAAUGAAUCCAAGCUAUAUGUUAGUUUAACUGCAUCCUAUGCGGUUGUUUGGUAGCAGUUUCCUGAGCAGUAUUUUGUGAUUUGUUCUUUUGAGUUUUAGCCUUUUGAAAAAAAAAAAUUUUUUUUUUCUCAAAUUUAGCUUCAUUUUAUGUUAAUUAUAUUUGUGUUCAGUUAAUUCUAUUUUUUAAUACAUAUCAAUGUCCAGAAUGUCAUGUAUUCAUAUUUUUAUUAUUUUAUUUAGUUGGUCAACAGCGCCCCCUUGCCACAUGAUUUUUUUUUUUUACUGAUUUGUGUUGAACUAUUUUAAUUAUUUAACUUUUUUUUUAAUUCCGCAGUCCCCUUUUUUCAUUUGACUUUUAAUGAUGAUGUUUCCGUCCAUCGGAAAUGUAAGUUUUAAUGCUGUUUCUUCCAUUUUCUCUUGAGCUCAUCUGCAACAGGCUUCACCAGCGUUGCACUCAGACAGCUCAGUCCCAGUGUUGUGUCAGUAUUUAUCCCACGCUUGGACCCUAGAUACAGUCACAGUAUCAGUUCUAAACACCAGCACUUGCAGUGGAACGAAGGUCGCCUCCUGCUGCCGCACUAUGAAGCGUGGUCGUCCACCAUAAUAGAAAUAAUCAUUUGUGUGAAACUCAACUGUAGCAUCCCACCAACACGCUGAAGCUGCCACGUCGAUGGCUGUGGAGCCGGAUUUGUCCUCGCGACCUUGUUGUGUUGAGAGAAGUGGUGCUCCAUCUGCAAACAUGGAGGCUGGAUCUGUCCAAGUGUCGCCGCUCUGUCAAUACAUGAAAACCUUACAGCA